UUCAUAUCAUAUACAAUGUGCAUGUGACCUUAGCUAUUUUAUCAUCCCUUAGUUUAACCAUAACAAAUCAAGUGCUGUGCAACAGCUAGCUAUAAAUACUUUAGUACUAUUAAUAGUAUAAUUAUACCACUAUGGCAGCACAAGCAGAUAUCAAGGAGGUUCUAGAACGUUCCGACAGCCUCUUCAAAGAAAGGAAAUUGACUGAAUCAUUUGAUUUGCUCGCCCCGUACGCAGAUGGUAGCUCUGAUGAUCCUGAGUUGCUAUGGCGAGUGGUCAGAAUGUACUUUCGCAAGUGUAAAGAAGCACAGUCUAAAGAUAAGAAGGAAGUGGAGCAACUUGCAAAGAAAGGAUUUGAGAUAUCCAAGAAGGCGUUGGCAUUGGGUAGUGGAAUUGCCAAAUGCAAUCAGUUGGCAGGCAUGAUGCUUGGUUGCUACAGUGACACACUCGGCAGGAAAGAAAAGUUGGCCAAUUCAAAGCAAAUGAAGGAGCAUUUUGAGAAAGCAGUUGAGUUGGAUCCUAAGGAUAUGGCAGCAAGACACGUAUUAGGAAGAUGGCACUUCAAUGUAGCGUCCAUACCGUCUGCGGCUGGAUUUCUAUUCAGCAAUGUACCUAGCUCCACUUAUCAAGAGGCAUUGACUCAUUUUGAGGCCGCUGAGAAGCUCAAUGAUGAAGGGGUCGAAUUCCUUCAGAACUGGCUGCUAUUGGGCAAGACACACUUGCAGCUGAAGAACAAACCUGAGGCUAAGAAAUGGCUGACAAAGGUCACUGAGAGUGGAGAAAGUUCGCCAGAGGUACUUGAGGUCAAGGAAGAGGCUGGAAAGCUCCUGAAGAAGCUCUGAACUUGACUGUUUUUAGGCAAAGUGAAAGUCAGCUUUUUAAGUAUAAUAAUAUAUAGCUGUGCAAAAGAAUCCAUAUAAUCAUCUCAGUGACUUAGUCUUUCACUUUGAUCUGAAUAACUUGAAUUGGCAUUAUAAUUAUAUAAAACUUGGUGGUUCAUAAUUAUAA